AUGUUCUAUCUUCGCCAUGCCUGGCUCCUAGGGGCGCUAGCCGGCCUGGUGGCCGCCGAUGAAACCGAUUGCAACCCCAUCAACAGCACAUGCCCCGCCGACGCGGCGCUGUCCACAGAGCACACAUGGUGGUUCAACCAGACACUAGAUGACAAGCUUUGGGAUAUGCAGACGGGGGAGAUAGAGUACACGUCGGAAGGAGCAGAAUUCAGCAUCAAGACGGAAAAUGCCUCCACCUUGUUGGUGUCGAACUUUUACAUCUUUUUCGGUGUAAUGGAGGCACAUGUCAAGAUGGCCAAGGGUGCAGGUAUCAUCAGCAGCGUGAUCCUGCAGUCCGAUGACUUGGACGAGAUCGAUUGGGAGUGGGUGGGAUACAACACCAGCGAGGUGCAAUCAGACUUCUUCGGAAAGGGAAACACAACGACAAGCGAUCGCGGUGGCUACCACGCUGUAUCGAACGCAGAUACCGAGUUCCACAACUACACUACUUACUGGGACAAGGAUCGUCUGGAGUGGUGGAUUGAUGGCGAACUGAGGCGCACGGUCAACUACUCUGAACCCCUCACCGUCUAUGGCAAGAACUACCCCCAAACGCCGUGCAGAGUCAAGGUCAGCAACUGGCCUGUGGGUAUUGCGUCGCAAUCGAUAGGAAACAUCGAAUGGGGUGGUGGUUUGGUCAACUGGACCGACGUCCCCUUUACUAUGACGGUGCAGAAGAUCCGUGUCCAGGAUUUCUCCUCGGGCAAGGAGUACAAAUACAUCGGUCACAAUGGCUCUUAUGAGAGUAUUGAGAUUGUUAGUGGAAACUCCACUGCCGCCAAAGAAAUCUCGAAGAAACCCGCCGAGACGCUUUCCCAGAAAUGGGACAAACUGGGCACAGCAGCCCACAUUGGCGUCUACUGCGGUGCUGCUGCCUUCGCUGCUCUCUGUAUCGCCGGCUUUGUCCUUUACUUCCUGCGCCAGCGUCGCCAAGGUCGUCUCGAGCGCGCUCUUGGUGAAGGUCAGGGUACUGCCGCGGACCCGACCGAGAUGGAAACGUACAAAAAGCAGUGGAGACAAAGCGACUGGACGGCUCGUCGUGGGUACCAAGCAGUAGGACAAUAG